CGCGUCUCGUCCAAUCAGCGGGCUCGGAGCGCGGUUUGAAGGGCGGUGCUGCCGCUGUAGGUCCAGAGGAGGAAUGUUCGGAGGGAGUUUCACUGGCGAGCUCUGACUGAACCACGACGCGAUAAAAACAUGACUAAUUCCAAAAUAUGACGUAUUACCUGGAAUAUUAUGACCUGGUGUUUAAAUUAAGUCAGGGUUUAUUUGUUUACAUUCCAUUUUUAGAUAACCCACUCGCAAAAACAAAAGUUAACCGAUUGGUAGUUUUGGCUAGCUAGGGAGUAAUCGAUAGUAAUGGCUUUGAUAGCCACGGAGCAUGGCUGCAAAAUGAACGGAACGUCGGUGAUAUAUGGCCGAGUAGGGCCGAGAAAAGACGGCUUCCACGGAAAGGUGGACGCUCCCAAGAGCGGACAACCGAAGGAGGGCGAAUAUUCAACAGAUGGACUGCCCAAAGCGUUCCUGCACAGCCUGAGGACCCUGUUUGACAUCCUGGAUGACGGCGGUAGAGGAUACGUCCACAUAUCCGAAAUCGAAAGCCGCUGGCAGGGCGCUGACACCCGGGAGCUGCCCGGUGGCGUGUUGAGUUGCCUCCGCCGGGUCACACCUCCGCACGGCUGCCUCACAUUCGAACGUUUUGUCGCGGGGCUCCGCUACUCCAUGCUCAACCCGGAGAACCACCUGAAAGCCCAGGCCGCCGUGCACCCUCAGCAGGCUCCGAAGCAGACCCAGAAACCAGCACCGUUGUCCGCAUGCAACGUCGGGACCAGGGUGGAAAACAAGGUCCGUCCGCUUGGGCCGAGCAACGUCACCAACAUCCAGCCUCAUCGCGCAUUGAUGAGUCGAGCCAGGCCGGAUGAAUUAGCUGGCUACCCGGCGUGUGGACCGGUGAGGUACGGUGCCGGGUACGAGAGGCCUGGAAGGAGCUUGGAGCGGAUUCCUGCCGCUCAGGAGGGGGGCACUGGUAGUGGUGGAUGCUACCGGGUGGAGCCGGGUCAUGUCUCCAAAGCAUCACAGCCCCAGCAGAGCCGGGUCAGGUCCAUCGAGUCUCUGGCCCUGGAAUCACCUCAGCUCCAAGGACCAGGUGUCGUCAAAUCGAAUUUGCCCAGAUCCCAGAGCGAGUCGGCGACGGGAUUCACGGGAGGAUCCAGGCGACACGGGCGCACCCGAGACGAGCAGCGGCGGCACACCAUAUCCAACGGAGUAGAUUACGAAAUGCUGAAGCAAAUGAAGGAGCUGGAGCAGGAGAAGGACUCGCUGCUGGCGGGCCUGGAGGUCGUGGAGCGGGCCCGCGACUGGUACCAGGGCCAGAUCCACAGCGUCACAGAGAGACAGCGGCAGGUUGGGCAAAGCUCCCAGUGCACGGACCUUUUCACCGAAGCCAACCAGAGUCGCAUCAAUGUUCUUAUUCCUAAACUACAAGAAGUCAACCGCUGCCUCAACGACCUCAUUUGCUGCACCGGAAUGGCGUCAUUCCCCUCCAACGGUGCUCAGACGGCGACGAGCUCGCAGCCUCCAGUUCCAGCCCCCCCACAAGCCAUCCAGCGAUUGAAGGACCAGAACCGACUUCUCACGCAGGAGGUGACGGACAAGAGCGAGCGCAUCACCCAGCUGGAGCAGGAGAAGUCGGCCCUGAUAAAGCAGCUCUUUGAGGCCCGCGCCCGCAGCGUCCAGGACACCAGCACCAUGGACUCCACCUUCAUCUGACCCUCACAUGGGAAAGGCGGAGCCAAGCAUUUGUAAGGUCGAAGCAAACCCUCGUUUACCCAGGCGGUGCACCUUUUUGACACGCAAACACACCUUUUGACUGCAACCUGUAACCACUCCACACAAGCGCGUCAUGCACGGCUGAGACACUCCAACUUUAAGUUUUUCCUUACUUCCUGCUGCUCAAACACCAUAGGAAACUACCACUUUUGCAAAAAUAUAUAUAUACAGUAUAUAUUUUUACAGUUAAAUGGCUACAAAUAUGCUCCUGCAUCUAAAGUUGAUGUCCUCUUAUCUCCACUUUGAGUCUUUUCAGCCCUGAAGGUUUUGAUCUUUUAGCUGCAUGUUAUAUUUUGUGUUACAAAGCCUGUACAUGAAUUCUGCAAUGUUGUAGCAAGAUGGCGGGGGGGGGAGGUCAAUCAACGCGAUCCAGAGGUGGACGAGAGACUUUUAGAAAGUUUGCACGUGGAGGAAAGUGUGUGGGGGGAUGACGUGGUGUCAGAAGCUAAAACACUCUUUGGGGCUAAAUGUGACGUAUUGGUCCUCUGGAGAGAUGAUUAGCACGUCAAAGCUAAAGCUAAACACGUCGCCAUCUGCAUCUUUAGCUACCACUAGUUUGUGGAUGGCAGUAUAACAAACUCAAAUCAACUGUGGUAAGUGUAUGGUACUGUUGGGGGGGGGGUCUGCAUAUAAUGUAGUUAUAUAGCAUUGAAUGUUUUCUUUUUUUGCUGCUCAAGGUACAUCACGCAAGUGAAACUCUCCCCCACCCCACCACCCGCCAGCCCUUUUCUAUUACUAGUACUUUGAAUGAAAUGUCAAACAAUAAAUAAGAGCAAACAGGGUAACCAAA